UCGUCGCCGCGGCGUCGUGUCGAGAGAGCGAUCUACAGGACACGCUGAUUCGAGAGUCGAGCAGCGAGAGGCGAUCGCCGGCUGCCGCCAUUUUGCCUGCUCUCGAAAAGACAUCGGACUGUAGUAUUCGCCGAGAGAGAGAGAGAGGAGAGAGAGAGAGACAGCAGAGCGCGAGUUUCCAAGCGAUCGCAGAGAGUCGUCGUGUGUCGGUGCGCCUCCUCUCCGUGUGCGAGUGUGUGCCCGUCUCUCUCCCUCGUUCGCACCGCUGCUGCUCACAUCCGAGUAGCCGAGGAGAGCCAGCAAGCAGCAGCAUCGUGUUCUAUAGUGGUGCGCCGGGGAGAAAGUGCGUGUGCGACUCUUCUCAGAUGUGCUGCUGCGACGACGGAAGACGCCGCCGCCGCCGCUAAGCAGCACCGAGUCGUGUCGUCGCCGUCGUGGGAGGGAGGGAGCAAGACCAACAUCGUCCCCGUCAUCGUCGUCGACGGUAGCAGCAAGUGGCAAAAUCCAGACACGCGUACGCACCCGCAGAGAGACACGGCGAGCAGCUCGAGAGCCUCUGCGAGCGGGGAAUGAUAAUCAAGUGAGACACGCCGAGUCCUGCAGCUCAGAGAAGGCUGACACGCGGCGCCCGCGGUGUACGUGCGUGUGUAUAUAAAGUAUAUAUAACUGUGUCGUGCGAGUGUGCAGUGCAGCAAGAGGAGAGCAACAGCAGCUCGCGCUUUCCCAUCCGACAGGUGGCAGCGUUUACGGAGCCGUGAUGUAUUGGAGGUUCGGCGGUUCCUGCCCUAAAACCGACCACAAGCCAGCCUCGCCAGGACAGUUGGUGUGACAGCCGCAGGAGAAGAGCGCGAAUUAUCCCACUGCAACGGACUGAUUGGAUUCUGCUGCGUUGACCAGCCGCCGUUGUUUUUAGUCUUCUUCUUGGCCCAAGAGGAUAGCUGAAAAUCAUUCACUUCGGGGGGGUUGUCUGACCGAUGGACAAACGGAAGAUGUUGCCCAAACGCCCUCGUAUGGAUAACCUCAGGGGUCCCAUCAGCAAUGGACCCAUUCAAACCAGACCAUUGGUGGCGCUUCUCGAUGGCAGAGACUGCUCCAUUGAGAUGCCCAUUCUCAAAGACGUUGCCACUGUGGCCUUCUGUGAUGCACAGUCCACGUCUGAAAUACACGAAAAGGUCCUAAACGAGGCAGUAGGUGCUCUCAUGUGGCACACCAUUAUACUGACCAAGGAAGACCUUGAGAAGUUCAAGACCCUGCGAAUCAUCGUGAGAAUUGGUUCAGGAGUUGACAACAUCGAUGUCAAAGCCGCUGGUGAGCUUGGCAUCGCAGUGUGCAAUGUGCCUGGCUAUGGAGUUGAAGAAGUAGCGGACACCACUCUUUGCCUCAUUCUAAAUCUAUAUAGACGUACAUAUUGGCUAGCGAACAUGGUUCGCGAAGGCAAAAAAUUCACAGGACCAGAACAGGUGAGAGAAGCAGCACAAGGGUGUGCCAGGAUACGAGGAGACACGCUUGGAAUAGUAGGAUUAGGCAGGAUCGGUUCAGCUGUUGCACUGCGUGCAAAAGCUUUUGGUUUUAAUGUUAUAUUUUAUGAUCCAUACCUUCCCGAUGGAAUAGAAAAAUCCCUUGGCCUUACAAGGGUUUAUACACUACAGGACUUACUGUUUCAAUCAGAUUGUGUGUCUCUACAUUGUACCUUGAAUGAGCACAAUCAUCAUCUAAUCAAUGAGUUUACUAUCAAACAGAUGAGACCAGGAGCAUUUUUAGUAAACACAGCACGUGGUGGAUUAGUUGAUGACGAUGCACUAGCCGCUGCUUUAAAACAGGGUAGAAUUCGAGCAGCUGCUCUUGAUGUCCACGAAAACGAACCAUACAAUGUCUUUCAGGGUCAGUCUACGCAAUGCCCUUUGAAGGAUGCACCAAAUUUGUUAUGCACGCCUCAUGCUGCAUUCUACAGUGAUGCUAGCUGCACGGAACUUCGUGAAAUGGCUGCGAGUGAAAUACGACGAGCAAUAGUCGGUCGUAUACCAGAUUGUUUGAGAAAUUGCGUCAAUAAAGAAUACUUCCUGUCAACUACUGGCAGCUACCCGGAGGGCAUCAACGGCGGCUACUACCCGGGCGCCCUGCCGGUGCAGCAGGCCCACUCGACGACCCCGCACGACUCGGCGCCCCCGCCACCGGGCGGCCACUCUGUCGCCGGCGGCGGCGCCGGUCCCGGUGGACCCAACUCCUCGGCGGGAGGCGGCGGGGGCCCGACCGGACCCUCGACCCCGAGCGUCGGCGGCGCCGGCUCCGGGGGCCCAGCCUCCGCCCCACCACCGGCCGGACUCGCCGGUCUACCACACAGCAUAGUGAGCGAGCCCGACCCACGGCCGAGCCCGCCCGCCCCGAGUCCCCGUUGACCCUGAACUAUCCAGCCUAGCAACAACGUCAUCAUCCCUGAGCCUCCAGCAGCAGCAUCUCCACUCCAGCGGCGCCGCGAUCAUCCUUAGAUCCAACAACUACCAUCACUACAACAUUCACAACCACAACCACAACUACAACUACAUCUACAACUAUUAACUGUAACAACACCAACACCGUCGACUGCAAUAUCAGAUCAAGCCAGCAAAAACCACCGAGAUACCAGCAGCACUAGUGGCCGAUCAUUGUCUCUCCUGUCUUUUUCAUCUGAUGCCCCUGCUGUUACUGCUGCUGCUGCUGCUGCUGCUGCUGCCGCUGAUACUGAUACUGAUACUGAUGCUGAUGCUAUUGCUGCUGCUACUUGGACACUGUCGUCGUCUUCGUUUUCGUCGCCGCCACCGCCAUCGUCACCGUCACACCAAGACCCAUCAUCACAAGCAGCAGCUGCUACGAGUGGACUAAAUACUGUCAAGUCAGAGUGAGAGUGUCGAGAAUGCCCACAAAUACAUACAUGUAUACAAACAAUUCCCCACACAGACACAAACACUCAGUCACACACAUCGAGACACGUGACAUGGAACGAAAGAGAGAAAGAGAGAAAGAGAGAGAGAGAGAGAGAGAGAGAGAGCAAGAGAUUCUAGUAAGAACGUUUCGCGUACACGAGACCAAGUGCUCCGUGCCUGCGACCGCGAUCGCGCGCGUUAUAUGGCCCAGGACUUGUCUAUCAUUUUAUUAUUUAACUAAAGCUAUAUACUUUGAACCGUAUGCGUUGUAUACCGUCUUGCAUUGGAAUUGUGAAUUAAUUGAUUGGCAGACUUGCUGUGCUCAAGUCAAAGUGGCACGGAGCCGUUUAUUAUAUGCUUUGCGAUGCCUCUCAUUGUGUAUUCCUUGAAUAACCUUUAGUUUGACAAAGUUUUGAGUAUUGUAGGAGUCUAAAUUUUGACUUAAUUUUUCUCUAGGGGUUUCAUGGUGUCAAGUCAAGAGUUUAUCUGUUUAUCUAUAGACUAAUUUCUUCUAAGUUUAUUAUUUUCUUUAAGUAGAAGACCGCUGUGUCAAUGAUUCAUUAUAAGCAUGUUCGGUUCUAUCAAGCAGGUACGAUCGUAUGCUCCCAAUCACGCAUUGUUAAGAAACUUUAUAAUCACACAAAUUUAGAUUUAAAUAUUAACAUUUUUAAUUAAUAAGUGUUUAAGAUAAUAAAGAAAAUUGCAAGCAAACAGAAGUGAGACAAUCUACGAAUUGAGAAAAAAGAAACCUUGAAACAGGUUGUAUAUCAAGAGUUAAAAAAUAUCUCAUUUUAAAUUUUAUAUCUGUCUUAGUCUUGUUAUAAUUUUUCGCAUUUGUAACGAGUUUUUUUAACUGCGUUAAUGUCUAUAAUGUGCGGCUUCUUUAUACCUUUCAAAAUAAGGAGCAUUGUCAAAGCGUACCCCGAACAUUUCUAAAAAGAUCAAAGCUGUGCCACAGUGUCUAGAAAGAAAUGAAGAAUUUCAGUUGUAUAAAUCGGCGCUUUGUUGUCUUAAUUGACGCAAAUACUACCGAUGUUAUCAAGUAUUCUCGUAAAGCAAAAUACAUAAUGAUUUGAGGUAGCUUUUGUUUUACAAUUACAAUUCGCGUUAUGCUUGUCUAUCGAUUACAAAGAACAUUAUUUCGUACUGAAAACUAGAGUAAAAUAUAUGUUUCCAUAAAGCUUUUUGUACAACCAUGAGUUUUAAAGCUCAUACAAUUAAAUAAUAUAAAUGAUUUGUAAAUUCUAAUGAAUUUUUAUUUUUGAAUUUUCAGUACGAAUAAUUCUUUAUGCUUUUAAAAGGGAUGAAAGAAAUUGAUUGACUGUGAAUGAGAGCUGGUAGAUUUCACAACGAGUCUGUUGUAAAGAAACGUUUGAAGCGUUGAAACACAGUACCCGCAGAUUUUAUCGAUAAUUGAUACAAACAAUUUAUGUUUAAAACUGGCAUUAAUUAGAUAAACUAAUUAAAAAUUCAUAACUUUUGUUUGUUUUUUUUGUGGAACGAAAAAAAAAGAAUAAUAUGAAACGAUUGACUUUCACGGCAACGUUGACGACAGUGAGGACUUUAAUGAUAAUUAUAAAUUUACGAGUGAGUAAAAAAUAAAUACGCAAAGAUCUAUUUUAGAAACGCACACAUAUCGAUUCGGUUUCAAGUGUUACUGUUAAAAAAGAAAAGAAAAACCGUCGUAAAUUACUGAGUGGCUUAAAAUUUUAGAUAUAUUGGUUUGAGCGUAAUCCAUAUUUACCUUAAAAUCAACAAUACUUGUUGAUAAAAUAAUUUUUUUCUUUUUUGAAGAUUUAAAGCUUUUUUUUUAUCCCGAGCGCUAAAGACAUAGAUGACACGAUCACAUUAAAAUCUUUCUAUAUAUAUAUUAUUUAAUUAAAAAAAGAAAUCUUUAUAUAAAUAAAAUUAAUAAUAAAAAAAAAAAUAAAAAAAUAUUCUCCAAACAUUCGAUUGAUUUGGUAAGCUCCAAAAUCAUUCCAUGCAAACAAACAAGUAACCCGAUCAACGGUGAUUUAAGACAAUUUUAAAGUCGAAGUGCAAAGUCUAACAUUAUCGGGGGCCUUUCUAUUGUAGCUUUACUGGAUAAGAAGCCCCUUGAGAAUGCAAUUGAUUUUUUCUUCCAUUAAGAAAGUAAGGAAAAGAAAGGAUGUAUGAACGUAUGUAUGUGAACGAGCAAGAGAUGAAAGAAAAACAAUAUAAAGCAUCACAUAGAAAAGGAAAAGAAUGAACUGAGCGUGACAGAGGCGACAUAUACAUUUUUUAAAUAGAAGUAUGCUACAUAAGAGAAAAGCAAGUUAUACAUAAGUACGGCUGCUAAAUGACAAGGUGGACCCGUAAUACUGAAAUUCUGUAUAACUUUUAUUCAGUUUUAAGUAUAUAUAUAUAUAUAGCGAUACAAUAGAAUUUGAAAAAUUAAAAAUUUGAACAAUACAAGUGAGUUAAAAUUUUAGGGCCAACUCGUCCUUGUGCAUCCGUAUGGUACAUAAAGUAGAGAUAUUAUCGAUUUUUUUUAUUUAAGAAUAUUAUUACUUAUAAAUGCAUCAUUAUUAUACAUAAAAAAAAAAAAAGAAUGAACGGAACGAGUGAGCGCGAUAAGAAACAAGAUAACGAACGAAGGGAAAGUUUUUUAAAAGAUAUUUAUAUUAAAGAUUAAAAACGUGAGUUUAUUCUUUGAAUUUUCGAUUAUAAAAAGUGGACAAAAAAUCGAGAGAAUGAGACAAAUUAAUUGUAGACAAUGAAAUCAUGAUGCAUCGAUGAGAAUCAAGAUUGAAAAAUACAACCUCGAUAGAAAAGAUCUCCUUCUUAUCUCUCCUCCCUGUCCUCUCCAACUUUCCAUAUUCCGCUAUUUCUUCUACGUUAAAAUUAUUGUACGAUUCACGAGAUAUACGAACGAAAUUCGAGAUACUCCGUGUCAUUUAUUAUGGCCGUUUAAGAAAUAAAAAGUAAUCUUUUUUACAAAAAAUAUACAGUUGGUUCCUUGACUUUUUCGCUACGAAUAUUGAAACAUGUAUGUCUCGUUUGCGUUUUAUUUUAUCUAAGCGAUGUCGAGAUGUCAUUACGUUUUUAAUGCAAUAUAGGGAUAUAUGAGAUGCGCGAAACGAAAAAGUCGACGAAGAGUGGUAACAAAAUAAGAAGUAACGCGGAUUUGACUAAGAGAAAUUCAGAGAGUAAAAAUAAUAAUGAAAAAAAAAGUUUAAAGUCGGCGAUGAGUAAAAAGCCACGUAAGAUGAGAAUUGAAAGUGGCGAAAACAGCAACAUUAAUAUUAAUUAUAAUUAAUAAUAAUAAUUAUAAUAAAUACAAUAUUUGUACAAUAA